AUGAGAUCAAGAGCAUCUUCUACUAGUUCCAGCUCGUCGUCUAGUUCCAGUAGCAGUAGAAGUAGCAGUAGUAGUAGUAGUAGUUCAUCAUCCCGUAGUGUUACACCAAUAAAUAGAGAAAAAUCUGUAACACCUCAAGACAAACAACCUGAAAUUCAGAUAUCAGAUUCACCUUCAAUUUUAAAUAAUAUUGAAACUACGCCUGCACGUCGAGUCCCUGUAGUAAAUUAUCAUGUUUCACCGAUAAAUUCUGGAGAAAGUGAGGUUGAUCUUAGCGACAAUGAUCCAACCUAUAACCAAGGAAGUAGACCACGUUUAUCAAGCACCACAUCUUUGUCUUCUGCAACAGAAACCAUAGCUGAAGUGUCCACAUCUAAGAAAUUAACAAGAAAACGUAAAGCCGACCCUACCAGGUGGAAGCAGAAUCAGCAAAAGAUCAAACGAAACUUAGGAGAAGCAUACACAUCUACUAAUACCAAAAAACAAGUUCUUGCUCGGGAAAUGAAGCCACCAUGCAAUUAUGCAAAGCCCAAAUGGCGACACAUCUUCCAUUUACUACAAAUCAAAAUUGAACAGCUACAAUUUUACAAUGACAGAACUGGGACAAUUGAGAAAAAAUGA